UUUUACAGACAUAAAACAAAGAAAGCCGGUGUAUUUUAUUGGACUUCUGAUAGAAAGAAGGACCCAUGGCUGCUAGAGGAAUGAAAUUGUCGAGUGUUUGUUUUCUACUUUUUUAUGCGAUAUUGACAGUGCUGGCUGGGAGGGAUUUCUACAAAAUUCUGGGCGUUAGUAAAACAGCAUCGAUUAAAGAUAUUAAGAAAGCCUACAGAAAGCUGGCACUGCAGCUUCAUCCAGAUAGAAACCAAGAUGACCCAAAUGCCCAAGACAAAUUUGCCGACCUCGGAGCUGCUUACGAGGUGCUUUCAGAUGAGGAGAAAAGGAAACAGUAUGAUGCGUAUGGAGAGGAGGGGUUAAAAGAAGGCCAUCAAAGUUCACACGGUGAUAUAUUCUCCAGUUUCUUUGGCGACUUUGGAUUUAUGUUCGGUGGAAAUAGGCAGCCAACUGGCCGAGAUAUUCCGAGGGGUAAUGACAUAGUACUGGACCUUGAAGUAACCCUAGAAGAGGUGUAUUCAGGGAAUUUUGUAGAGGUGGUGCGAAACAAACCUGUAGCAAAAGAAGCCCCAGGCAAAAGAAAAUGCAACUGCCGGCAGGAAAUGAGAACCACGCAGCUAGGACCAGGUCGCUUCCAGAUGACACAAGAAGUAGUCUGUGAUGAAUGCCCCAAUAUCAAGCUUGUGAAUGAAGAGAGAACACUAGAGGUGGAGAUCGAGCAGGGUGUGAGAGAUGAGAUGGAAUACCCUUUCAUUGGGGAAGGUGAACCUCACAUUGAUGGUGAGCCUGGAGAUCUGCGUUUCCGCAUCAAAGUUUUAAAGCAUCCAGUGUUUGAGCGCAGAGGUGACGACCUUUAUACAAACGUCACCAUCUCUCUGGUAGAGGCUCUGGUCGGUUUUGAGAUGGACAUCACUCAUUUAGAUGGUCACAAGGUGCACAUUGUCAGAGAUAAAAUCACUAAGCCAGGAGCUCGUAUUUGGAAGAAGGGUGAGGGCUUACCAAAUUUUGACAACAACAAUAUCCGUGGAUCGCUCAUAGUCACCUUUGAUGUAGAUUUCCCCAAGGAGCAGCUUGAUGACCAGCAGAAAGAUGGUAUAAAGCAACUUCUGAAACAGGCACCAUCUCAGACGAUUUAUAACGGACUGCAGGGAUACUGACAAAUCUGCCAAAUAAAUCAGGACUGAUUGCCCUGUCCCUGUCUGCCCUUCACACACAUGCACACUGAGGAACAAGCAAUGGGUUGUAUUUAUUUUUUUCUGAUUGUUCUCAGGAAGGGCUGAAUAUGUUUUUUAUUUUAUUUUUUAUUAUUAUUUUAUUUCAUUUACAUUUUUAAAGGCCUCGUUUUCUCAUGGAAAGAUUUUUUUUUUUUGACUCAACAUGUUUCUGUUCAAAUUACUAUUUUUCCUUAUAUAGUCCCUGGUGUCAUACUUGGAGUAAGUAGUUCAAGACAUUUUUCAUCAGUUAAGUGUUUGGACGCUAACUUUCUGCUAUGACCAGUAAACCACCAUCCACUCAUGGAUCAGCAUAAUGAUUAGUGCCAGAUGACCUGAGACCUACUGCACCACAAAAACAGAAAGAGGACUGAAACUUUAAACCAGAGGACUAUUUAAACACCUUCCUCAGCAUUAUAUGUCAUCAAGAUUUUUUUCGUCAAAUCCUUUAAGAAAGAAACCGUUAUAUGAAUGUAAGUUCAUUGACCUUUCUCAACUUGGGCUCUUCGGUUUUUGGUCUGCUUGUUUUAAAGAACAGAAUCAUGUUUGGUUUGUGUGUUUGUGUGAGUGAAAUUGCCUUGUUCAGAUUUGUCGUCUGGCUACAUAUCUGUUUCCUUUGAGGCAUUUACUUGGGUUUUGAAGUUCAAACAGUAGACCUCUUAAACUGUACGGUUCAACUCUUUCCUGUGAAAUUUUAUGUGACAGACUCAUGUUCUUGUUUCUUUCGCAACCCAUCCUGAUGUUCAUUGGGUCUCUUCCUAUUUAGUAACUAUCCUUUGCUCAUUUGUGGACUGUACCAGAAAAAAAAAGAAAAGAACAACUUCUUAGGAUUACUUGUGCACAAGUGAAGGAAAUCUCAUUUGUCAUUUUCAAAUGAAAAUUAAAAGUUUCUAAUUAUGGUUAAAAAUG